CCGGGGAGGCAGGAAAAUGCUGUCUGGCAGACCCACCUUUUCCUCCUCCCUGGCCCAGAUAUUGAGGUUUUACCCUCUACAACAGAGCUUGAACGGUUUGCAAACUUGGGUUUAGGUAGACCAGUGCAGGAAACAUCUGGGACAGGAACCCAAAGAUAAAAAAUUCCACUAAAUUGGACUCUGUCUGAAUUAAAUAACUUUGUCUGCCAGUGCUACCCAAAUGUAAUGACACCAUCCCCUGCCAUGUACCAGAACUCAUACCAACUAUCCUACUCUGCUGCAGCACUGGAUGAAACCUCAUUGGAUGCAGAGACUGCAGAAUCUGUAAAUUUGGAUGAAUGGCGAGCAGUACGUUCCCAGCAAGACAAAGAAUAUAAUGCUUCCUUGUUGGCAGACCAAGAAAAGGACAGGAGGAGGCACUGCUAUGAGGGUUGAAGAAAGGCGGACAAAGGCCAUUGAGGAAAGACUUCAGCGAAUGGCUACCCAUGUGGAACCCCUAGAUGGAGAGGUUUUGAAAUUAAAAUAUCUAAAUGGAUAUGUAAACAAGAGGAAAUUCAUCAUGUCUGAGCCAAUUCAGGUCCUGUUUGAUUUUAUUGGACAAGAUGAAAUGGCCAGUGAAGUUUUUAAGGUCAGGGAAGCUGCAUCUUCAAAAGAUGUUGAGAGCACUUCUGCUGGGUCAAUUGCAGAUCAUGGCAUAAAACCAUCCUCUACUUUGUACGUCCUUUGGAUGUCAGCUUUGGAUAAUCUGGAAAUACAUUGUGACCCGAAAGGUGAAGGGGCAGUGGAUGAAGGUGGCGCGUCAAGAGAAUACAUGCGGCUGUUGAUGCGAGCCAUCCAUCAGUCAAAGAUUUUCCAGGGCCAUGAGAAAGAUCGGAGUUUGGCUCUUGACACUCAAGAAGGGGAUUUUAAUGCAGUCACUCUGGAGAUGAUCAUUGAGUUUGCCACUGGAGCCUACACAGUGCCACCGCUGGGUUUCCCCCACCACCCACAAAUAGAGUUCCUCCAUCAAGAUGGAAAAUUUUUUCCAGAGGCCAAUACUUGCCUCAUUGUACUUCGCCUGCCAAUACACACGGAGUAUGAAAUGUUCAAGAAACACAUGACGGAAGGAAUUGUGCAGAGCCCAAGUUUUGGUGUUGCCUGA